GAAAUCGACCAAGAGAUCAGCCGUUCAGAAGAAGAGUCUGAGCGAAGUUCUCUACGAGCGAGGAAUAUCCGCAAUAAAUAAGAAGUUCGAGAAGCCCACACCCAAGGUUGAUAAGUUCCACGUCGACGUUGAGCUGCCCCCGGCGCCUACAUCCGAUGAGAUCGGAGUUCGCGCGGAGAUCCAACUCUUCACCGAGGAUGGUUUCAGCGAACUCGAGAUCCAUCCCCAUCUCGUGGCAUGUCUGCGAGAUCGAAUGAAGAUCAACAAAGCGACGGUGAUUCAGAAAAUGAGCGUUGGACACAUCCUCAAGCGGAAAGAUGUCCUUAUAAAAUCGCCUACGGGAUCAGGCAAAACGCUCGCCUACGCCCUCCCAAUCCUCCACCUGCUGAUGAACGAAACCCCCAAAAUCAAAAGAGAGGAUGGAACGAGAGUCGUCAUCAUCACGCCAACGCGAGAACUAGCGCUCCAAACAUAUCAGUGUCUUGAGCUGCUCUCGAAAGCGUGCCAGUACAUCGUGCCCGGAGUCCUGAUGGGCGGGGAGAAGAAAAAAUCCGAAAAAGCUCGACUCCGUAAGGGGAUCGUUGUCAUGGUCGGAACUCCCGGAAGAUUGAUCGACCACCUGGAUCACACAUCGUCCUUCAGUUUCGGCACCGCGGACUGGUUAGUAAUCGAUGAAGCGGACAGGAUGCUUGAGAUGGGAUUCGAGCAGAGCAUAUCCAGAAUUAUCGAGUCCUGGAGGAAAGAACGCGCGGGAAAAGCGUCUAAUGCCAUCUUAUUGUCCGCUACCCUGACCCCUGGUGUGGAGAAACUCGCCGGACUCUCGCUCAACGAGCCGGUCGUCGUCGAUGCGACGCAGGAUUGUCAAGGAGCUCUCGACGACUUCGUGCUGCCUGAGAGUUUAGAACAGACUUUCAUGGUGUGUCCCACUAAAUUGUAUCUGGUCGCCCUCUCCAGCCUCAUCGUCCGGGGAGCUAUCCAAAAAGACAAAAUCGUGGUUUUCCUCCCAACUCAAGGCGUCGUGGAUUUCUACCUUAAUCUCUUCUCUGGAAUUAUGGCAGAGGCACUGCUAGAUUCUGGGUACAAAGUUAAUUUCUAUCGACUUCACGGGACCAUGUCUCAACACGACCGCACGGAGGUUUUCACCCAGUUCCGGGGAAGGGAAUCCGGAGUGCUGUUCACGACCGACGUAGCCAGCCGCGGUCUGGACCUGCCAAGAGUCGAUCUCAUUGUUCAGUUCUCUCUGCCGCUUGGUGUGCAGGACUACGUGCAUCGAGUUGGACGGACCGCUCGUAUCGGCACUGAAGGCCGCGCGGUUUUGCUUCUGAUGCCCUGCCAGGCAAAGUACCUGAACUUGCUCGCGAAAGCCAAGCUUCGUCCGGAACAAAUGCAAAUGCGAGGUGUCAUAAAUUACAUCAAAACGCUCAAGGAUUAUAUCGCGAGGAAGAACCCUUCGUUUGGCCUCAGGUCCGCCGAGGAUUACUGCACGGCUCUACAGCUGACUUUUGAAGCUGAGGUGAAAAAAGAACCGGAACUGCUCGAGAGCGCGCGGAACGCCUUCUCGACAUAUAUCCGGUCAGCAGCGAGUUAUCCAUUGGAGCUACGAGAGGUCGCGCCUUUCAAAGAGUUGCAUCUGGGCCACGUGGCGAAAAUGUUCUGUCUCAACGAUCCUCCGCGAAUCCUGGGCGAAAAAGCUCCCAGGCAUAUCCGCAAUGAAAACAAAAAUCGCUACAAUAACUCAAGAGCAGCCAGACCUUUCACCGCGGCAGCGAAGAGGAAAGAAGUUUCCGAAUGGGACAGUGGGAUGGCACCGAGUAAAAAACAGAGACGAGAAGCCAAGCGAUGACUUCUCUAUUGUUUGUUGCAUGUAUAAUUGACGGAGAGGAGAUUGUACAAUAAA